AUGCCUAAAAAUGAUAAUAUAAAUAAUAUAAAUAAUAGUAAUAAUGAAGACUAUCAAGAUAAUGAUAAUAAUAAUAAUAAUAAUAAAACUCAAUUAAUAUGUGGAAUUAAUUUUCAAAAUGCAAUUAAAGCAGUAAUGACAGCACAUUCUAAUGAUAUUUUAGAGGUUGAAAAUGAAUUUCAAAAUCAAAAAUCAAAUUGGGAACAAGAGAAAAGGUCAAUGAUUGAAUUAUUAAAUAAAUUAAAAAUUAAAAAUCAAAAAUUAAAAUUAUUAUGUUUGAAAUAUAAACAACAAUUAGAAGAAAAUGGUUUAUUAAUAAACAAUAACAAUAACAAUAACAAUAACAAUAACAAUAACAAUAAUAAUAGCAUUAAUAACAAUAGCAAUAAUAAUAAUAAUAAUAAUAAUAAUAAUAAUAAUAAUAAUAAUAAUAAUAAUAAUAAUAAUAAUAAUAAUAAUAAUAAUAAUAAUAAUAAUAAUAAUAAUAGUAAUAAUAAUAGUAAUAAUAAUAGUAAUAAUAAUAAUAAUAGUAAUAUAAGUAGUAAUGAUAAUACACCAAUAAGGUCACCUCACAAUAUUAAUUUUAUUGAUAAUAGUCUCACAAAGAUAAUAGCUACAAAAAAUACAAAUUCAUCUGUAAAAUUAAAUGAUCAUUUACCUUCAUUUAAUACUCCUUCACCUAUAUCCUCAACAUCCUUUGCAUCCCUUUUAGCAGCUGGUUCAUCAUCAGCAACUAAAACUACAACCACAACUACAACUGCAGCAACAACAUCAUCUAAAAAAAGAAAAAAUAAAGAAGUUGAAGAAAAGGAACUUGAUGAAUUAGAUCUUCCAUUAGUUGAACAAUUUCAUCAAAAUUGUAAUAAUAAUAAUAGUAAUAGUAAUAACGAUGAAGAUGAUAUUAAAAAGAAAUUAGACUUUUUAACUGAUAAUAAUAAUAAUAAUAAUAAUAGUAGUAGUAUUAUGAAUAGUAGUCAAAAAAUAAUGAAUAAAUAUAAUUUACAGUCAUCGGUAUCUUCUCAGUCUUCAACAUCUACAUCAACAUCAAUAUCAGCAUCACCAAUACAGCCACAACAACAACAUAUUAAAAAAAAGAUAAAAGUGAAAGAAGUAAUUAGAGGUAAAGAAGAUAGAGAGAAAUUACAAGGUUUUGAUUGUGCACAUUGUAAAGAGUUUUAUGAUGCAGUAUUGGGUGAUGAUGAAUCAAUGAAAAAACAAAUGUUAGAUCAAUGUUCAAGACAUAGACACUCUGAUGAACCACCUUCAACACCACCUGGUUUUUGGAAUUUUGGUUUCCCCGAUUCUCCUUUAAAAAAAAAUAAUGAAUAA